AUGUCCAGCAUGGCCCAGCUGGCUGAGCAGCUGCCCUCGGAGGAGCGCCGGCAGCGGCUGCGCGCCGAACACGCCGAGCGGCUGCAGCAACUGCUCAAAGACCAGCUGUCGGAGGCCGAGCGCCGCGCCGCCGAGCUGGAGCGCACCUACUCUGAGCUGGCUGAGGCGGGCGGCACCGGUCGGCGGGCGCUGGAGCAGCUCUGCCGCCGCCUGUCGGAGUCGGCAGCCGCCGGCGCCGGGCCCGACGAGCCCUCCGAGGCGCAGCUGCAGGCUAAACUGGCGAGUGUGGAGUCGGAGCGGGACCGGCUGCGCGAGACGGAGCAGCUGGCCACCACCCAGCUGGAGCAGCUGCGCUCGCAGCAGCAGGCUGCGGACCGGGCGGCCGACUCGGUCCGCCGACAGCUGGCCGAGCUGCAGGAGACGGACGACCUGCGUGGCGUCAUAGCGUCUCUGCACCAGCGUCUGCUGGAGAAGGAGCGCUCCGAGGCCGAGUUGCAGUGUCGCCUGGACCAGGGCCGCUCUGAGCUGGAGGCCGUCCGCGCCCGACUGUACGCCGCUGAGACGGAGGCGGGGGCCGCGCGCCGUCAGAGGGACGCCCUGCGGGCCGAACAGGGGCGCAGGAUGAGCUGCGUCCGUCUGGCGGUUCAGGAGCUUCGCGGCUGCCUCAGUCUCCCUCAGAGGGCCCUCCACGAGCGUCUCUCGGAGACCCUGGCCGACCUUCUGAGUCGCCGGCGCGCGAUGCAGCUCCAGCUGUCCGCCGCACAGGAGGCCCGGGACGCGGCUGAAGGCGAGCGUCAGGGCUGUAAGGCGCAGCGGGCGCUGCUGGAGAGUGCCCUGCAGCAGCUGAAGACUGGCGCCCCGCAGCUGCAGGAGUGGCUGGCGCGCUGCCAGGCCGCCGAACUGGAGCUGGCCACUCUGCGGCCUCGCUGCGAGCGUCUGUCGGCAGAGUGCGCCCUGGUCCGCAGUCAGCUGGACGAACAGGAGCGGCGGGCGGCAGACGCCGAGAGCACCGUCUGCCGGCUGACCAACCGGCUGGAGCUGCGACAGCUGGAGAUACAGCUCGGCUCGGUUACUGACGGGGACGCCGCCGCCGACUCUGCGCCGCUCCCUGCCACGGAGACGGCCGGUGACUCCGGCCCGGCGCGGCCCGCCCCCCGGACCGGCCCGCAGUCCAGCCGGCUGCCCGUGCGCCGCCCGCCGCCGGUCGCUGUGCGAAAAUCCGCCGGGGACGGAGCGGCGGACAGCACAGCCCCGCGGGAGACAGGAGGGGACCGGCCGGCCGAGGAUAAUCAGCUCACGUCGGCCUGUGAGCAGCACGCCGAGGCCCUGCGCGGUGUCCUGGCGUGGCUGGCCGGCCGGCGGGACGUCUGUGAGCUGCAGAGCCGACUGUCUGAGGCGCUGCAGCCAGUGGCCGCCGCCGCCUCUCUGCUGUUAGUGUCCGCAGACACUCUGAGGAUGGUGUGUGGCCUGCCGGCGCCCGGGAGGCCGCCCUCCCCGGCGGGUACAUACUCCAUACCGUCCCCGCCAGCGAUCGACGAGCUCCCACCCGCGGCCGGCGAGGUCCCGUCCCCGUCAGACGAGGUCCCGCCGUCCGGCGCCGCUGACGGUGAUCACCCGGCUCUCCCGUCGGCUGCCGGCUCCCUGCGUCGACUGCGCCUGGCCGAGGCGUCUGUCGCGUCACUGCAGCAGCGACUGAGACAGAAGGAGCAGAGCUGCGACCAGUUCCGACGGCUGCUGGACGAGACGCGUCAGCAGGCGGCCCGCCAGGCGGAGCAGCACAGCCAGCAGCUGGAGCGGAGCGGGCAGCAGCUGCGGCAGCAGCUGGCCCUGGUCGCCAGUCUGGAGGCGGAGCGCAGCGCGCAGCGUCCUCUCUCUGACAGCGGCGGCGCCGAGCCGUCGCGGACUGGUGGUGACCGUGCUCCUCUGUUUUCGUCCACAGUCUAG